UCUACUUUCUACCCAAACGUCUUGGAAGCUAAUUAAAAUGCAGCUUUUCUCUAAGCCACUUUCCCAAACAGACGUUGAAGUUAGGUUUUCAGUUCCCAUGGAAAGUUUAGAAGCAUUUGGAAUUCCCGAAGACGAAUACAAGAUAAAUUUCGAAGCGAUGGAUAUUAACGGGAAGCCGUGGCAGUUCCGUCUCUCCAAAAGGAAGGGAGAUAACCACCCGAAACCGGUGUUUUCUGCCGGAUGGCUUGCUUUCGCGCAGCAAAAGCGUCUUCGAAAGAAUGAUAAGCUCGUUCUCUAUGCUGACGAUCUUAAGGGCAACAAAAAGCAGUACCGUAUACAGGCGUUAAGGACAGCAUUCAGGCUUUUGGGACAGGACAUUUGGGUCGAUGUCGAGAAGUUUGAGAAAGAUGAUAAUGAUGUUAUCGGAGUAACAUCCGCGAAGUUUCUUCUACUCGAUUAAUUAAUAAUAUUGUUGUAAACAU